AUGUCGGAGUGGGUGUCUUACUACCGGAGCGAGGGGCCCGAGGAAGAUGAGGGGGAUGAGCAGGAGGAGGAGGGGACUGAGGCGGUCGGGGACUACAGGUUCUCCGGUCGGGACAGCCUCAUUUUCUUAGUGGAUGCCUCCAAGGCCAUGUUUGAGUCGGAUGAGGAGGGAAUGACGCCCUUUGAGAUGACCAUCCAGUGCAUCCGGAAUGUGUAUACCAGCAAAAUUAUUAGCAGUGACAAAGACCUGUUAAGUGUUGUGUUCUAUGGUACAGAAAACAGCAAGAACUCGGCAGAUUUCAAGCAUGUCUAUGUUCUCCAGGACCUGGACAACCCAGGUGCAAAGCGUGUUCUGGAGCUAGACCAGUACAUGGGAGAUGAAGGACAAGCACUCUUCCGUGAGACCUUUGGCCACAAUGCUGACUAUUCACUGGGUGAAGCACUUUGGGCCUGCUCUAAUCUCUUCAGUGAUGUCCGAGUCAGACUGAGCCACAAAAGGAUCAUGCUCUUCACCAAUGAGGAUGACCCUCAUGCCAAUGACAAUGCUAAAGCCAAGCUGGCCAGGACCAGAGCUGGUGAUCUCAGAGACACAGGUAUCAUCCUGGACUUGAUGCAUUUGAAGAAGCCUGGAGGGUUCAACAUGUCUUUGUUCUACAGGGAUAUAAUAAACUUAGCAGAGGAUGAGAACCUUGGGAUCCAGCCUAAGGAGUCAGAGAAACUGGAACAUCUCAUGAAGAAAGUACGAGCAAAGCAGACAAAAAAGCGGGCUAUGGUCAGGUUAAAUCUGUAUCUGAACAAAGAUCUGUCACUUUCUGUUGCUGUUUACAACCUUAUUCAAAAAGCUUACAAGCCAUAUCCAGUGAAGCUUUAUCGGGAAACUAAUGAACCAGUUAAAACAAAAACGAGGACCUUUAAUGGCAAAACAGGCAGCUUGCUCCUGCCUAGUGACACAAAAAGGGCUCAGACAUAUGGAAACCGCCAGAUCGUGCUGGAGAAAGAGGAGACAGAAGAAUUAAAACGGUUUGGUCCUCCGGGCUUGUUUCUGAUUGGCUUCAAACCCCUUUCAAUGCUUAAACAGCACCACCACAUCAGGCAGUCCCAGUUCAUCUAUCCUGAGGAAUCCCUAGUAAGUGGGAGUACAACGCUGUUCAGUGCCUUACUGAUGAAAUGCUUGGAGAGGGAGGUGAUGGCACUGUGCAGAUACACUGCCCGCCGGAACACUCCCCCUCGCUUCGUGGCCCUGGUUCCCCAGGAGGAAGAGCUGGAUGAGCAGAAAGUGCAGAUAGCCCCUCCAGGUUUCCACGUCGUUUUCUUACCCUACGCAGAUGACAAACGGAAGGUGGAUUUUACAGAGAAGGUGCCAGCCAGUCAGGAGCAGGUGGACAAAAUGAAGGAAAUCAUUCAGAAACUCCGGUUCAAAUACAGGGCUGACGGCUUUGAGAACCCAGUUUUGCAGCAGCACUUCAGGAAUCUGGAAGCUUUGGCACUGGAUAUGAUGGAACCAGAAAAAGCUGAAGAUCUUACAAUGCCAAAGGUGGAAGAGAUGAACCGUAGGCUGGGCAACCUGGUGGAGGAGUUUAAGCAGCUGGUUUAUCCCCCUGACUACAAUCCUGAUGGGAAGGCUGUCAAGAGAAAACAAACUUCUGAUGGUCAAACUGAGAAGAGGCCCAAAGUAAUAGUCUCAAAAGAUGAGCUGCGGGGUCACGUGCAGAAGGGCACUCUAGGCAAGCUCACUGUACCCAUUCUGAAGGAUGCAUGCAGGCUUUGUGGCUUGAAGGGUGAGGGAAAGAAGCAAGAGCUCAUGGAUGCUCUAACUGAAUACUUUAAUGAUCACUGAGCAGGAUGAGAAAGCCCUGGUUGACUUCCAUCUGCUUAAAAUUUUGGUUGUCUUAUGUAGAUGCUGUGUCUGUUUAAUCUUGCUGUGGAGGGGAGGGCAACUAAACGUUGCUGAAUCUAGCA